CAGGGAAGGGCGGCCGGCAGGAAGUUCCCGUUUCUCGGGCGGGCCCUGCUGCAGCUGCAGCGGCGUUGCAAUGCGAGGCGGAGGCAGGAGCCAGAGGAGGAGGAGGAAGAGGAGGAAGAGGAGGCGGCGGGUUGCAAAGGCUCAAGAGCCACCUCUUGCGCCGGUGGCGGCUCCGGAUACCGACUAACCGAGCCGCAGUCCGGAGCCCGGAGCACGACCCCGUCCUUCCCGGCUCUUGAGCCAGGCCGGAGUGACCCCCCCAAAGUGUGAGGAUGGCGCUUCGGAGAAGAGAAACGGGGCCGCGGUUGCUGGUGCUGCUGGUGCUGCUCUUGGCGUCCUGGGGAUGCGUGGCAGAUGCUUCCGGUCCACCCCUCCCACCCUGGCGCCCUCCACUUGGCCUGUGUUCGUGGCUGGUCACCCCGAGAAUCGUGCCCCUCGAGUUGCCGUCGGAUCCCCACGGAUUCCCUCCUCGCUUGCAACUGGCUCUGGAGGUGGAAGGGGAGGGUCUCCUCGUGGAUUUGGCACAGAAUCGAGAGCUGAUGACGGGCAGCUCGGGGUUAACCUACUAUCUCCCAAACGGGACGAGAACGGUGCAUCCCACCGACUCGGCGGGCAACUGCUGUUAUCGGGGUAGCAUCCGAGGGUACCCCGACUCUUGGGCCAGCGUCUGUGUUUGCUCGGGCGUAAGUGGUCUCCUGACCAUCUCCUGGAUUCGAAGCUACAGCUUGGAGUCUACUCCAGAUGGGCAGAUGAGGGCCUACCGACUCGAAGGAAUGAAACCACCCGCCGGGGUUUGCACGCGGCGCCGACGCUUUCCCCCACCUCUGGAGCCCAAACGGGUGAAGCGAGAAGCAGAGAUCGAACGUGGCUACGUGGAGCUGGUGAUCGUGGCCGACCACGCCGAGUUCAAGUUGGAUCCGAACCUCAACCGGACUCGAACGCGGAUCUUGGAAAUCGCCAGCCACAUGGAUGGGUUCUACAGGAUUCUGGGUUUGCGGGUGGCUCUCGUCGGCGCUGAAGUCUGGAAUAACGGCAACCGGGUGUCGACAAGCGGAAGCACAAAAGAGAUUCUCCAGCGGUUCCUGGAGUGGAGAGAGAAGGAUUUGCUGCCCCGGAUUCCCCACGACAACGUCCAGCUCAUUGUCGGCCCUCCGUUUCCCGCCGGGGUCAUCGGCGCGUCGACCCAAGGAUCCAUUUGCUCAAAACGAUCCGGUGGGAUCAGCAUGGGCCACUCCAUUAGCUCCUUAAUCAUGGCUUCCACUCUUUCACACCAACUUGGCCACAAUCUCGGUCUCGCCCACGACAGCGACGGCUGCGGCUGCAACACUUCCAUCCGUCCCCAGAGCCGGAAGUGCAUCAUGGAAGCACCGACCGGGAUUAUGCCCGGGUUGAGCUUCAGCACCUGCAGCCAGCAACGCUUCCGAGAAAUCUUCCAGAGCAACCAGGUGGGCUGCCUCCUGGACCAGCCUGAGCCGGCCCGUUUGGCGAAGUCCCGUUGCGGGAACCGCCUGGUAGAAUCCGGAGAGGAGUGUGACUGCGGCCUCUUUUUGGAGUGCACGGAUCCUUGUUGCAAUGCAACCACCUGCCAAUUGGUACCAGGAGCCCAGUGUGCCACCGGACAAUCUUGCUGUCACCAGUGCAAGCUACGCAGCGCUGGGCACACUUGCCGUCCAAUCCAGAAUGAAUGUGACCUCCCCGAAUUCUGCGACGGGACCUCCCCACACUGCCCUUCGAACACCUACAAGCAGGAUGGCACCCUAUGUGAAGGCGGCAAGGCGGUGUGCCAUGGGGGCAUCUGCCCCACAUACUUAAGUCAGUGCCAAGCCCGUUGGGGUCCCGACGCGGUUCCCGCGACAGAAGCCUGCGUGGCGUCUCUGAAUCAGAGGGGAGAUGCCCAGGGCAACUGUGGGCAGAAUCCUGCUGGAUCCUACGUCUCCUGCGCUAAGAGCGACGUCCGGUGUGGGCAGCUGCAGUGCAAGAAAACACGCAAUGGAACACUUAGGACCCUCAACUGCCUGCGUGAUGCUCUGAAGGUUGUCGUGGCGACCGACGUUGUCGAGGAAGCCGGGACGUUAUCCGGGACAAAUUGUGGUCCUCAUAAAGUUUGCAUCGACCAGCGAUGCCAGGAAGUUUCCUCCUUAAAAUUACCCGUGUGCCAGUGCAACGGACAUGGGCUUUGUAACAACAGAGGGCACUGCCAUUGCGAGCCCGGGUGGGCGCCCCCUGGCUGCCAGGCGGGUGGCCUUGGGGGCAGUGUGGACAGUGGGCCCCCAGCCCCGGGGGAAGCCAGCCACGCAACCUCGACGGCGCUGGUGGUGAUCGCUCUCCUCGUGGCGGGAUUGCUGGUCGGGGGCCUCUGUUGUGUCAAACGGCUGGGACUUCACAAGCGCCUCUGCCAAUUCGGCAAGGGCACCAGUUGCCAGUACAGGACCGAGCCCGAAUCCCAGGUGCAGUUUCUUCCCCCAGCCGAAAGGAUUACCCAAACGGAACCCCGGAGUUACAGCAAGGCGCCGCCAAACCGUCCUCGCCCCCCUCAGUGGAAACAAAACACGGAGCUUCAGCUCAUGCCAACGUCUAAGCAGCCCGUGGCGAUGGGUGCCUCGCGGCCUGAGCCACCCGCCAAGCCGCUCCCGCCUGACCCGAUCCCGAAGGAUCUGCAGGAUUCCUCUGGAGACAGACCGGGCCCUCCUAUACGCCCGUUGCCUCCUGACCCCAUCCCCAAAAUCCAGGCACCAGGCCCCCCCAAGCCUCCCCCACCCCAGAAGCCGCUGCCUCUGGAUCCGCUCCGGGCCAUACCCAGCUAUGAUCCUGAGGUCCAGAUGUUGCCAUCCAGGCCUGCCCCUCCACCUCCUCCCACGCCGGCCAGCUCUUCAGGAUACCCCCACGAAAUAUAACUUGGCUCGCUCGCACCGAGCGUCCCUUCGACGUUGCACAAGGCACUUCCGGAGGAAAGGACUGUCCGCCAUCUUUCCCCGUCGCUUGCUUGGCUGUAGAUUUUGCAGAACAACAGCGCUCCCCCCCCCACUCCAUCCGUCGCAAGCACGGGGCAGCGAUGGGGGCUUGUCCGGGAUGGACAUUUCGCCGGCCAUUUUGACCGUCUCUUGCUUCUGAAUCCUCUCCGGCCCAGGGGAAUUCUGGGAAAAAAAAAUAUUUGCACUAGCAAGGCGAACUCUCCGUGGCGCCCCCUGGAGAGGCAGUUUGUGGAUGCGCGUGUCACACACCCGUGAGUGUGUGCGUGUGUGCAAGAGAAAAGCGGAAGUGGAUUCCUCAUCACUGGACUAGCUGUGACGCCAUCUUUUUUUUCCUUUUUCCUUAAUAAAAAGGGAUUUUGGGGUCAAAUCCUCUGUUUUUUGGAUCGAGGAACAGUUGACAGGGCAGCGCUCAACUUACAACUGUUCGU